AUGGACAAGGACGGCCUGGGCUGGCCGGCCAAGUCGACGUUGACGCGGCUCAACUCCACGCCGCUCGAGGCAGCGCAGACAUCGGCGAAGCUCAGCGCAGCAGUCAAGACGAUUCUCGAGUGCCUCGGAGAGGACCCGGAGCGCGAGGGGCUCAAGAGGACGCCAGAGCGGUACGCCAAGGCUCUGCUCUGGAUGACGAGGGGCUACGAGGAGCGCCUCAGCGACGUCAUCUCCAAUGCCGUCUUUGACGAGGACCACGAGGAGAUGGUCAUUGUGCGCGACAUUGAGAUCUCCAGUCUGUGCGAGCACCACCUCGUGCCCUUUCGCGGAAAGAUUCACAUCGGCUACCUGCCCAACCGGCUAGUCCUGGGCCUCUCGAAGCUGGCACGGAUCGCUGAGACGUUUGCGCGCCGGCUGCAGGUGCAGGAGCGCCUCACCAAGCAGGUCGCCCUGGCCCUCGACGAGGCCAUUGCACCGCAGGGCGUCGGUGUCGUCGUCGAGGCAGAGCACAUGUGCAUGGCCAUGCGCGGCAUCCAGAAGCCCGGGGCCACGACGGUGACGAGCUGCAUGCUGGGCGUCUUUAGGGAUCGGGCAAAGACGAGACAGGAGUUUCUCAGCCUCAUUGGGAAGGGACGGUAG